UCUGACAACACGAUCCAGUUUGUGCAAUAUUUUGGCCUCAGAAAAUCUGAAGUUCUCUGUGAUGUCUGUGAAGAAACAAAGAUGAAAGCCCUGAAGUCCUGUCUGGUGUGUCAGACCUCUUACUGUGAAACUCACCUGGAGCCUCAUCAGAAACUGCAUUUAAACAAACACAAACUGAUGGACCCUGUGGAGAAUAUAAAGGACUAUAUAUGCCAGAAACACGAGAGACCUCUAGAGCUGUUCUGUAGAGAUGAUCAGACGUAUGUGUGUGUGUUUUGCACUGAUGGAGACCACAAGACUCACAACACUGUUCAUCUAGAGGAGGAGAGUAAAGAGAAAAAGACUCGUAUGAUGAAGACAAAGAAAGACGUGCAGCAGAUGAUCCGGGACAGAAUCAAGAAGAUUCAAGACAUCAAACACUCAGCAGAACUCAGAAAAAAAAGCACUGAGCAGGAGAAAGCAGCCAGUGUUGAGCUCUUCAGCGAUCUGAUCCGCUCCAUUGAGAGAUGUCAGGCUGAGCUGCUGGAGAUGAUGGAGGAGAAGCAGAGAGCAGCAGAGACACAGGAGGAAACACUUAUUCAAGAGCUGCAGCAGGAACUCUCUGAGCUCAAGAUGAGAAACACUGAGCUGGAGCAUCUCUUACACACUGAGGAUCACCUGCACCUCCUACAGAUUGAUCCAUCCCUGUGCAGUCCUCCACACACCAGGAACUGGCCUGAGAUCAGUAUGAACACUGAUGUGAGUGUGGAGACUCUGAGGAGAGCUCUGACUCAACUGCAGGAAACUCUAGACGAGAAACUCAAUGAAUCUGUGUUGAGGGUGAUGCAGCAUUUUACAGUGGAUGUGACUCUGGAUCCUGAUACAGCUCAUCCAUAUCUCAUCCUGUCUGAUGAUGGGAAACAAGUGAGACAUGGAGACAUUAAACAGAAGCUCCCAAACAACCCGGAGAGGUUUGAUCACUAUCCUGGUAUCCUGGGAAAAGAGGGAUUCUCCUCUGGGAGAUUUUAUUUUGAGGUUCAAGUGAAGGGAAAGACUGUCUGGAAUUUAGGAGUGGCCAGAGAAUCUAUUAACAGGAAGGGACUGAUCACAAUGUGUCCUCAGAAUGGAUUCUGGACUGUGGCACUGAGGAAUGGGAAUGAAUAUUGGGCUUGUGCUGGCCCAUCUGUCUCUCUGUCUCUGAGAGCGAAGCCGAAGAAGGUGGGGUUUUUUGUGGAUUAUGAGGAGGGUCUGGUCUCCUUCUAUGAUGUGGAGUCCAGAUCUCAUAUCUGCUCUUUCACGGGUCAGUCUUUCACUGAGAAACUAUAUCUAUAUUUUUGUCUGUUUAGUAAAGGUGAUAAAGACCAAAACUCUCCCCCAGUAAUCAUCUCACCUGCUAUUUACACUUAAAAGAGGUUACAUUUCUUUAAGAAGCCAUUGUGUUGAUGAUAUUCUUGUGCCUAGAAAUUAUAAGGUUAUGUAUCACAUAAUUAUGCACUUUUGUUGUCCA